AAAAAAAAACAUCCCCAACCAAAUCUCUACACGCCCGUCCUUUCUCAUGCCUUCCGUGGAACCCUAGGUACCUCGACCACACCGCCGCCUCUCAUCGUCUCGGCCCAGUUCCCUCGCCCCCACCCCCACCCCCACCCCGUCUUUCACGCCGCCGCCGUCGCCUACAGCGAAGAAGCAGGAUCUCGCGACGCCAUCGACCAGGAUCUCGCCGCCGCCUCUUCCAAUACUUCAGCGACGGUACAGCAAGGUCCAGCCGCCGCCUGCUUCCAGGAAUUCGCCGCCUCCUCCAAGACCUCAGCGACGUUACAUCAAGGUCGAGCCGCCGCCUGCUUCCAGGAAUUCGCCGCGGUCUCCUCCAAUACCCUCUUCAACCCCUCCGCUUUGAAGGCCUGAUCAGCUGAGAUGUCAUUAACCCGGAGCUCCUCUUCAGCCUCGAGUGGAACCGCUUCUCCUCCCAGCGAACCGGUUUCAGUUUCUGGUGAAGAACAUAUCUUCAACAGGGACGGGUUUGCUGGGUUGGAGACCUGGGAGGACCCCACUCCUAGGCUGUCAGCCUUUACUCUCGAGGAGUUUGGUGAUGCCUGGGUUGCUGCUGCAAAGCGCCAGCUCAUUCGCAGGCCCAAGACACCGCCCCGUGAGGAGCUGCUAAGGCGCAGACAAGAGCAUGAUCAGAAGAGCUUGAUGAUAGCGUUGAACAUCUAUGCCAAGCAAAACGAUAUGCAACCUGCUGACAUCGAGGUAAUAGAAGUGAAGGAAAGAAAUCUAAUCUAUGAGGAGGGAAAAGGAUACCUACACUUCAACUUUCUUGUGAAAAUGCAAGGUGACCCAUCUAGGUUGUUCUUUGCGGAGGUGCAUCCGGAUUGUAGAGAGGAGGUGGAUGUGUAUCUUUGCGCUCCCUUGGAAGCUAAUGACUCGGGUGACUGUUAUGGCUGCAAGGACCGUGCAAAAGAGCUUAUGCAUCCCACUAGCGGUGGCUACUUGGGUGGGCACAAGGACGUUGUUUUCCCCUUCAUUUAUGAAAGUGAUGAAGAAAGCGAGGAUGAGGCCUGAUUUCACUUGGUUUGCAUUAGUUUGUUGUGUUGGUCGCAGUGUGAUGUGCUAGUGGUUGCAUAUGACAAAAAUGGUGUGGUGGAUUGUACUCAGGAGUAGAGGGAGCUGGCCGUAUGAUAAGGUGUCGCGAAGUUGGAAAAGAUUGAUGAAAAAUUCCUCUACAUCACGUUUGCACAAGGAUGUGAAGUUUGUUAGUACUGGCACCAGAAUUUGAGCUUCCCCAUCAGUGCUGUAACUUCUCCUAAUAUAAUAUCCCUCCACAAACUUAGACAAAUACUCCCUCCAUCCGGAAUUACUUCGGAGGGGUGCUGCAGGAAUUUGUCCUGAAUUCAGUCAGUCAGGUUGAGCUCACUGAACCGAUGAGCUAACUAUGGCAUGAAAUCUUUUGCGUCUCAGACUGUAAUACUAACAAAAAGUAUUUGAAUCA